AUGGUUCCGGGUGCGUCCGUUGGAGUUGCUGACAUCCAGGGUGUCUCGCUUGCCGUGGCAUUGAGUGGAUUAGGGGGGCACUGGAAGCAGCACUCGCCUGCCAAGGGGCACGUAGCGUUGACAGAGUACUAUGACAAUUUCUUCAGCCACGACUGGAAGAGCUCCGGACGGCUGAAGUAUCUUUCCCUGCUCAUCCUCUUCAACGCACAAGCCGCCAUGGUUUCUACGAUCCUGGUUUCUGUCUUGGUUGGUGUGCUUCGCAUGAUGGCCAUCCUGCCCAACCUGGUGUGGACACAGCUUCCGUGCUAUGCAUUCUAUUGCGUGAUGCUCGUUUUCUGGCAGCCGAUACGUGGCAUCUUUCGAUCGCAUCGUAUCGUCUUCCUUGACCGGCUUUGCAUCCCGCAAGAUGAUGAGGAGAAGAAAUCGGAAUGCAUUCGCGGUCUGGCUGGUUACCUUGAUCGAGCACACACCUUGACCGUCUUGUGGUCCAGUCACUACUUCGGCCGCCUUUGGUGCGUGUUUGAGCUGGCCACUUUUCUCCGCAAUCGGUGCAGCCGGCCGAUCCAGCUUCUGCCAGUCGAGAUGUCCAUGCUCGCCUUUUUGGUGAGUCUCUGCUACUGCAUGCUGAAUCUGGGGGUCCGUGCCAUCAACGAGGCACGCAACGUCACCGGCCCGAGUAGCCUCGGCGGGGCACGCAACGUCACCGGUCCUGGUAGCCUUGGAACGAGUCCUUGGCUAGCAACCUUGUACGCGGCUGGUUAUGUGACAGCAAUUGGUUGCUUGAUGCUUCCGUUCUACCAUUACAUUGGCCUGGGCUUCAUGAUGAAACUUCGCCUCCUGCCGCAGCAGUUGCGCACUUUCGAUGCUCGAGAGGCCAGCUGCUACUGCUGCUCAGUAGAUCACGUGAACCCUCGGACAAAAGCUGCAAUAUUCUGUGACCGGCAGCUGAUUAUGGAAAAGCUUACGGAGUGGUAUGGAGACCCCGAAGAUUGCGAAGACACGGAUAUCGUCCUCGAUAGAGCGAUUGGGCAGUUCAACCACCUGGUGCGCAAGGAGCUCGCCGACGUUUUCCUUGAGAUGAUGUCGGGCCGCGAUGUUCUGUGGCAAUACAUGUACCUCUUGAUCGGCAUGAACUGUCCCGUUUGUGCCUAUCUCCUGGGCGACAUGGGUUUCCCCCCGGACUCGAUGGAAGGUUGGUCUCUGCAUUCGUGGAGAGCCAGAGAGUGCCUCAGCUUCGGCCACAUCUUCCUGCAAAUAUUCGCAGUGGUGCAGUUGUUCUCGAUAGAAUGGACGCUUGCGGCGACAUUUCUCAAGGAUCGCCAUCGUUUCAUGGCAGCUUUGAUGUUGACCCCCAUCACGAUGGUCUUGUCGGUGGGUCUUCUCUACUAUCCCUUCCGGAUUUGUUUGGAACUCUCGGCUGACGGCGGCCUGCUUCUGCCGCUGGCGGCUGUUGUGUUUGAGGCUCUUUUCAUUGUGGCAUUGAGCUACACGCGCCGAUUGGCCACUGCUUCGUUCACCCGAACGGCACUGGAGAGCGCGCAGCAGCUUCGCAAUUGGCAGACGUCCAAGCAAAUCAGCCUCAGGUCAUCCGAGUCCGGACAGGACUUUCCGGCAGGCAUAGUGGACCGUGACGGGUUCUUCAGCAUAUGA